CGGAGCUGCCCCAGGAGAGCCGCUCAGGACCGUCCCGAGCCGGCGCCCCUCAGGCCCACCUUCCCGCGCGGCCUCGUCCGCAGCUCACCCGCUCCGCGCCGCCGCCGCCCCCGCGGUCCCCGGCAUGGCCGUCUACCGCCUGUGCGUGACCACCGGCUCCUACCUGAAGGCCGGCACCCUGGACAACAUCUACGCCACGCUGGUGGGCACCUGUGGCGAGAGCCCGAGGCGGAAGCUCGAUCACGUGGGCAGGGACUUCGCCAAGGGGUCGGUGCAGAAGUACAAGGUGCGCUGCGAGGCGGAGCUGGGGGAGCUCCUGCUGCUGCGCCUCCACAAGGAGCGCUUCGCCUGCUUCCGCAAGGACCCCUGGUACUGCAGCCGCGUCAGCGUCACCGCCCCGGACGGCACUGUCGUCCCCUUUCCCUGCUACCAAUGGAUCGAGGGCUACUGCACGGUGGAGCUGCGGCCGGGCGCAGCCAGCACCGUGAGUCAGGACUCUCUCCCCCUGCUUCUGGACCACAGGACGCGGGAGCUGCAGGCCCGGCAGGAGUGCUACCGCUGGAAGAUCUACGCCCCCGGUUUCCCUCGGAUGCUGGAUGUCAGCAGCUUCCAGGAGAUGGAGUCAGACAGGAAAUUUGCCUUGACCAAGACAGUACCUUGUGCAGAGCAGGGCAACAACCCUGGGAACCGCUACCUGCCUGGCUUCCCCAUGAAGAUCGACAUCCCGUCCCUACUGCACAUGGAGCCCAACAUUCGCUACUCGGCCACCAAGACGGCCUCGCUGAUCUUCAACGCCCUCCCUGCAUCCCUGGGCAUGAAGAUUCGAGGUCUGCUGGACCGCAGGGGCUCCUGGAAGAAGCUGGACGACAUCAGGAACAUCUUCUGGUGCCACAAGACCUUCACCACAGAGUACGUGGCGGAGCACUGGUAUGAGGACAGCUUCUUUGGGUACCAGUACCUCAACGGCGUCAACCCCGUCAUGCUCCAUUGCCUCUCCAGCUUGCCCAGCAAGCUGCCCGUCACCAAUGACAUGGUGGCGCCUCUGCUGGGCCCGGGCACCUGCCUACAAACAGAGCUAGAGAGGGGCCACAUCUUCCUAGCGGACUACUGGAUCCUGGCGGACGCCCCUGUCCAUUGCCUAAACGGCAGCCAACAGUACGUGGCCGCCCCGCUCUGCCUGCUGUGGCUCAGCCCGCAGGGGGCGCUGCUGCCCGUGGCCAUCCAGCUCAGCCAGACCCCGGGGCCGGAGAGCCCCAUCUUCCUGCCCACUGACUGCGAGAUGGACUGGCUGCUGGCCAAGACGUGGGUGCGCAACUCCGAGUUCCUGGUGCACGAGAACAACACGCAUUUCCUGUGCACGCAUCUGCUCUGCGAGGCCUUCUCCAUGGCCACCCUGCGUCAGCUGCCGCUCUGUCACCCCAUCUACAAGCUGCUGCUUCCCCACACUCGCUACACGCUGCAGGUGAACACCAUCGCGAGGGCCACGCUGCUCAACCCGGAAGGCCUCGUGGACAAGGUCACGUCCAUCGGCAGGCGCGGCCUCAUCUACCUCAUGAGCACAGGGCUGGCGCACUUCACCUACACCGACUUCUGCCUUCCCGAUAGCCUGCGAGCUCGCGGUGUCCUGACCAUCCCCAACUACCACUACCGCGACGACGGCCUGAAGAUCUGGGCGGCUAUUGAGAGGUUCGUCUCAGAGAUUGUGAGUUACUAUUAUCCCAGCGAUGCGUCCGUGCAGCAGGACUCCGAGCUGCAGGCCUGGGUGGGCGAGAUUUUUGCUCAGGCGUUCCUCAGCCGGGAGAGCUCAGGCUUCCCAAGCCGGCUGUGCACCCCGGCAGAGCUCGUGAAGUACCUCACUGCAAUCAUCUUCAACUGCUCCGCCCAGCACGCCGCGGUCAACAGUGGGCAGCAUGACUUUGGGGCCUGGAUGCCCAAUGCCCCGUCAUCCAUGAGGCAGCCUCCACCUCAGACCAAGGGGAGCACAACGAUGGAGAGUUACCUAGACACCCUCCCGGAAGUGAACACCACCUGUAGCAACCUUCUCCUCUUCUGGCUGGUCAGCCAAGAGCCCAAGGACCAGAGGCCUCUGGGCACGUACCCAGAUGAGCACUUCACAGAGGAGGCCCCACGGCAAAGCAUUGCAGCCUUCCAGAACUGCCUGGCACAGAUCUCAAGGGACAUCAGGGAACGAAAUCAGAGCCUGGCACUGCCCUAUGCCUACUUAGACCCUCCACUCAUCGAGAACAGUGUUUCCAUCUAAGGCCCACUGUAAACCAUCCCAGAGGAAAGGAAGAAGUUCCAGCUUGGGCCUUCCAGUUCCUUCCAUCCUCUCCAUCCUCAGUCUGAAGCGUCUCCCCUGCCCACAGGACCAAGAUGGCCUUGACGUUAUAUAAGUGAGCAGUGUUUAAGUGAAAGCUGCUAACUGAAAUCAAAUGCACAAUAGCCCCCUUAAAAAGGAACCCCUUUCCUCGCCCUUCUGUGUGUGAAUCUUCCUCCCACACAGGGAGACCGGGCCUGAGUGACCGAGCCCCACUUCCACACCGGCCUUAAACCCACCCGUCGUUCCCGGGCGAGAGCUCUUUCUCCAAGUCCAGGACACCUACAUCCAGCUUCCGUUUUUAAACUGGAGUGGAAGGGCCGCUCCCCUUUGCUCCUGGUAUUUUAAGGGGAGGGAGAGAAUCCCAGCCCAGUUCACCUGGGUGUACAGUUUCUGAGCCGGAGCUCUGGCCUGGGCGUGUGUGCAGGCUCUCCUGGCUCUCCUCCCGCCCGCUCUCCUCCUAUUGUUCGUUUUUGCCUUUGAGCUCGGUGACUUCAAUAAAAGCUGACAUAGUUGG